ACAUUGAGUGAAUGGUUGUUGGACUUUGACCGAAAAAAUUGCAAAUCUGAAGAAUUAAGGCAUACUCGAAGGUUUGAAUCUAGACCCCGUUCUUUGAGCUUGGGAACUCUACGUCCGAGUCAGAGAAAAUAUAAACCUCAGGGUGCUUCUUUGAAAUGUAAAAGUCCGUUUCUAUUUACAACUCAAGCUUAUCCUACAGGUCUUCAACCGAUAUUUUACACUCAUAAAACAUCUCAUGAAUCGAAAUUACGCAAAGGUUUUAAGAAAAUCAUACAAGCUGUAUUUGUAACUUGGAUAAAACUAAAAACAUUUCUCACAAUGUACAAAUCAAAGUUAAUUGAGAAAAUAAGGUUUUUGAAGAUACUACCUGGCGUGUUGUUGCUGAUUUCAAUCCUUGUUACAUCUUCCAAUGUGUUGUCGUACAAUGAUACCUUGCCACCAGUGACCAUUUUUAUCUUUGCAGUGAUUUGCGUAAUUAGUCUUGGAACCAUUUAUCUUGAUUACCUAUGUAGCAAUGAUCAGGGUUACAUCUCAUAUUUCUCGCACUUCUGGUGGUCAUUGCUCUUCAGUUGUAUGGCAUUUGGAGUAAGUACCUACCGCCCCUGGACGUAUGAUGACAGAGACAAGAUAGCUGACAUGCUGCUAAUGACAAGCACUGCAAUUAAAUGCUGCUGUGAUUUUCUAGACAGAUUUAGCGAAAGUGUUAUUCACAGGUCAAUCUUUAUUUCACCAACCGAAUUAUCUACGUUACUUGGUUUUCUACUUGGUGGUUCUAUCUUUCUCGAGCAUGAUGGAGAUCUUGACCUUGUAUUAAUAGUAUCAGCAUCUGCUAUUGUUGUGGUUAACUUGAGGAUGAAAUGCACCCUGGCAUUCCUCUAUCUGUUCAUGUUUGUUGCCAUAUCAGCUAUUGCAGUAUUUGACAAUCUUGAUCAAGUCAUCAACCCAUUAGCAUUGGUGUGUUACCAUUUGCGUCUCUUCUUUCCACCUGCAUCAGAUUUCUAUUUUUCCCCUUUGUCAGCCAUGGAAAGAUGGUUAUGCUCAUUUCAAAUGACGAGGUGCAGACAAUAUUUCUUAAUGUUUGUAAUCUUCUUGCUUGAGUUCACCUUCAGUAUUCUUGCAUUCUAUGUAAUACUUCUGCACCCCGAGUAUGAAUUAGUAUUUGUGAUUCCCGUUGUAACUGUGAGUGGAUUGAUAUGGAUUUGCACACAUAUGGGAUACAUAUCAACUGAGUUUGUGCUUGCGCGGAAAUUAGCUGAAUGUCAAGAUUUUUUCCACAAGCUUCCUACACAAAGCGGGGGUACCAGUCUACCACACAUAAUGUCCAGUAAAGGAGUCCGCCAUCUCUGUCUCAUUGGGCAACAAACAGUAGCGUGUGCUCUUCUCAGCACUUUCAUCUUUGGAGCAAUCUCAUGGAGGCGAGAGGAUGCAACUUACCCAUCUUUCCUCCUCAUCAUAGCUGGAAUUGAAUGUUGCUCGUUUGCAAGGAUCAGGGAGCUCGCAGUUAAAUUGGGAGGAACUUGUGCGGCUUAUGCUCUUAUUACACCAACAACCGCAGCCAAUGCCCACCAAGGUGUUACAUUGCUACCCACUGGUUCCUUACAGCAGCAGAAUGACAGAGCAACUUCUCUUAUUACGGCAAUGCACAGACUUCCUAGGUUCUUUUCUCUUUACCUUGUUGAAAACAUCGGCUGUGAUUACUCUACAACUGGUCUAAGUCGCGCCACGGCCGAAGAAAAGCUACGAACGUUAUUUACGAAACGCACGAAAGACGACGAAGCGGCGAAAUACGAUACUUACAUAUUUUACUACAGUGGUAUUACAGCAGAUGACGGCAGCUGCGUUUUGGCCGAUGGCGCUAUGAUGUCACCGGAACGUGUACUUGAUAUCUGGCGUGAAAGUUGUGCCGAUGACGAGUGCGUGACGUCACGUCUUCUACUUUUGCUUGACGUCAUCGCCAGUGAACCUUGGCUGAAAGCGGUAGGCAACCUACGUCAUGAGUACGUUGCCGUACAAACGUGUAAACUUGUUAAAAAAGACGUGGAAACCGCUGCUGCGUAUUCCCCUGGUACCUUCACGGGGGAUUGGGUGCAAUGGAACUAUGAUCUUACAAAUGGAGCAACCUGUGCGUCAUGGUUUGACGACCAGGACAGUAGCGUAAAACCUUCUUAUGCCGUGUCCCGUCGGUGGACGGACUUUGCGCUCAGAAUGCCCACUAGCGGUAACUCUGGUUCAGAAUUAACCCAGCACUGGAGGUCGCAUUAUUCCCUAAUAUGUCGACCAUGUUUGGCGCUAUCGUCAUCUUGUGCACAGAAAUUACAGUUGGUAAGGUUACUUGGAGCUCCCGGUCGAAGAUACAGGCGACUGAAAAUGAGGUGGUUUCCCCCAGCACAGCUUGACACCGGGCAUGGGUUUAAACUUAUAAAAGGUUAAUUUUUAGUUAUGCAAAAGCUUUAUAUAUCUCUUGUAUAACUUGAGAAAAACUAAUCUCCUGGUACUUAGAAAACAACGAUUUGUAUUUUGAAGUGAUUUCCAGGUUAUUUAGGUUUGUUAAAUUUGCAAGUUGACAUUUUACACCAUUUUCUGGUUGUUUUAUUUACAUUGUGUAUUACUACAGAAUGCAAUAUACACGUCUCGAAUAUUACAGUAGAAAUAUCUAAACUACUCGGUGCUUUUAAUAUUGUAAUAUCCAUAAGUUACACAUUUCCCAUAAUAUUGUAAAUUAAUUCAGUAAAGCGUCAUCUUUCGGUUGCUGUUUUGGUUUUUAUAUUAUUUUUUUUCAGUGUAUAUGUUGACACUGUAAUUCAGGUGUAGGUAUUUACACAACCAUUUAAAAUGAUAAAUUUACAUUCUUUUAUAAUAUUAUACGAUUCUAAGUUCCCUGUCCGAACGGCGAUUUAUAACUGUGGUAGACUGAAAAUACAAUGCACUUUUUAUU